CAACCUCUGCAUUUGAGGGUAAAUCCUCAUCAAAAUGUGAAUAUGUUUUCACUCGUAUAUAUAUAACGCAUCCAAGGACGGAGUAAAAUUAUCACGUCACCGUUAAUUCCUCCAAUUUAUCAAUGGCGGUAGCAAUUCCAUCUCCGGCCGCCGCCGAGAAGAAGCACUGGUGGCUCACUAACCGAAAGAUGGUGGAGCGACACGUGAGGGAAGCGAGGAUGUUGAUCGCGACGAAGGAGCAUAGCGAGAUCGCGGCGGCGCUUCGCCUCCUCGAUGCGGCGCUGGCGGUGGCGCCGCGCAUGGAGGUGGCGCUCGAGAUGAAGGCGCGGAGCUUGCUCUACCUCCGCCGGUUUAAGGAGGUGGUGGAAAUGCUUCAGGACUACAUUCCGAGUCUGAAAAUGGCUAUCUCCGACGACGCGUCGACCACCAGUUCAUCCGAUAGCGCUUCGGCUCACCUGUCUAGGGAGGGAGCCUCGCUCCUUUCCUCCGGCGGCGGAUCCGAGCCGGCGUGUACAUGCUUCUCUGUCUCCGAUUUGAAGAAGAAAGUUAUUUCCGGUUUGUUUAAGAAUGUCGAGGAAGCUGGCCAAUGGAGGUACUCGGUGUUAGGUCAAGCGUGCUGCCACCUAGGUUUAAUGGAGGAUGCAUUGGUACUCCUCCAGACCGGAAAACGCCUCGCCACCGCCGCAUUCCGCCGGCGGAGCAAUUCUCUCACCGACGACAUCUUCUCCUCCAUCAAUCACCCCUUCUCCGGCGACAAUCACGAGCCGAAAAGGCCUCCGAAGACCGAAUUCGAGAGCAUCUCGCGCCUCCUCUGCCACACCAAGCUCCUCAUCCGCCGCAAGACGGCCGCGCUAGCCGCACUCGACGCCGGACUCUACGCCGAAGCCGUCAGGCACUUCACGAAGAUCCUCGACGGCCGCCGCGGCGCGCCGCAGGGGUUCCUGGCGGAGUGCUACGUCCACCGCGCCUCCGCCUUCAGAUCCGCCGGCCGAAUCGCAGAGGCAAUCGGCGACUGCAACAGAGCCCUAGCGCUGGACACAUCCUGCAUCGACGCGCUCGCCAUUAGAGCCACAUUGUUUGAAUCGAUCAGGUGCUUCCACGAUAGCCUCCACGAUCUCGAGCAUUUGAAAUUACUCUACAAUUCGAUUCAGCGCGACCGGAAAACCCCAGGGCCUGUUUGGAAGCGGCAGAAGGUCCAACACCGGGAAAUUCCGGGCAAAUUGUGCUCGGUGGCAGCUAAAAUCCAGCAGCUGAAGCAGCGUCUCGCCUCCGGUGAAACCGGAGGCCUAGACUAUCACGCAUUGAUCGGAUUGAGGCGAGGCUGCUCUAGGUCGGAAUUGGAAAGAGCUCAUUUGCUGCUGAUGCUGAGACACAAGCCCGAUCAAUCGUGGAAUUUCAUGCAUAAAUGCGAAUUCGCGGAUGAGAAGGAUGUCGAUUCGGUGAGGGAUGGCGCGAAGAUGUCGGCUUUGGUGUUGCACAGAAUGAUUCAGAGGGGUUAUGCUAGUUUAAUGGCGGCAAUUUUGGAGGACGAGGCGGUGGAGAAGCAACGAAACAACGCAGCGGAAGGGAAUACGUCGUUUCAAGGAGUGUUUUGUCGGGAUGUCGGAAAUUCGCUUUCUCACACGCGGUUCAAUCAUCCGAUCCCACUAAAAUAUGAGGCGCUCAGUUGUUAAUUAAUACGCUCGAGAUAUUCGAUCA